CACAAGCUACAACACAAAUAAGAAAAUAUAUAUUUCUAAAAAACAAGUCUUGAAACUUUGCAUCAAUGGAGGGAUCAAAAGCGCCUCACGUUGCGAUGAUACCAAGUCCUGGAAUGGGCCACCUCAUCCCAUUCGUAGAGUUAGCUAAACGACUCGUCCACAACCACGGCUUCACCGUAACCUUCAUCGUGGUUGGCGAAGGUCCACCGUCAAAAGCUCAGAGAACCGUCCUCGACUCUCUCCCUUCUUCAAUCUCCUCCGUCUUUCUCCCUCCCGCCGAUCUUACCGAUAUCCUGUCAACAGCUCGCGUUGCAACUCGCAUUUCGGUCACCGUGACCCGUUCGAAUCCGGAGCUCCGGAAAGUCUUCGACUCUUUCAGGGCGGAUGGUCGCUUGCCGUCGUCGCUCAUCGUCGAUCUUUUUGGAACGGACGCUUUCGACGUCGCCUUUGAGUUCCACGUGUCACCGUAUCUUUUCUACCCAUCAACGGCCAACGUCUUGUCGUUUUUCCUCAACUUGCCUAAACUUGACGAAACGGUGUCGUGUGAGUUUAGGGAAUUAACGGAACCAGUUAAGCUUCCUGGAUGCGUACCUGUCUUUGGCAAAGAUUUCCUCGACAUAGCUCAAGACCGGGAAAAUGACGGAUACAAAUGUCUUUUACACAACACCAAGAGGUAUAAAGAAGCCAAAGCGAUUCUUGUGAAUACCUUCGACGAACUAGAGCCUAAUACUAUAAAAGCCUUGCAAGAACCUGAUCUUGAUAAGCCACCUGUUUAUCCGGUUGGGCCGUUGGUUAACAUUGGUAAGCGAGAGGGUGACCAGAGGGAAGAGUCUGAAUGUUUAAAGUGGUUGGACAACCAACCGUUCGGUUCGGUGUUGUAUGUGUCCUUCGGUAGUGGCGGUACACUCUCAUGUGAGCAGCUUAAUGAGCUUGCUCAUGGUCUUGCGGAUAGUAAGCAACGGUUUCUUUGGGUCAUACGAAGUCCGAGUGGGGUUGCUGAUUCUUCGUAUUUUAAUUCACAUAGUCAUACCGAUCCAUUAACAUUUUUACCACCCGGGUAUUUAGCUAGCACUAAAGACAGAGGUUUGGUGAUCGCCUCUUGGGCUCCACAAGCCCAAAUCUUAGCCCAUUCAUCGACAGGAGGAUUUCUUACUCAUUGUGGAUGGAAUUCAACUAUGGAGAGUAUAGUAAAUGGUGUUCCACUUAUAGCAUGGCCAUUAUACGCUGAGCAAAAGAUGAAUGCAAUUUUGUUGACCGAUGAUAUCCAUGUGGCGCUUAGAGCCCAUGCCGGGGAUGAUGGGCUGGUGAUGAGAGAAGAGGUGGCUAGAGUGGUGAAGGGAUUAAUGGAAGGUGAAGAAGGUAAAGGAAUGACGGAAGGUGAUGAAGGUAAAAGGGUGAGGCAUAAGAUGACAAAAAUGAAGGAAGGAGCUUGUAGGGUGAUGAAGGAUGAUCGGUCAUUUACGAAGGCUCUUAGUCAGUUAGUUUUGUAAAAUGAAAAGUCCACCAAAGAGAGAUGGAAC